AUGCUUGAGCCCCUCGUGGGCGAGCGUGGGGCGAGCGUGCCCGCCAGCGUCCUGGCGGCGGCCCUGGAGGAAGCUGCAGCUGUCGGCCUGCCCUUGGGUCCCGAGCUCCCCGGACGCCUCGAAGGUCUCUGCCAGGAAGAAGAGCGCGAGGGCAUCUGGCGCUGCCUCUGCACGGCCUUAAGUGACGCAGACCGCCUGAGUGUGGCCUUCUGGUCGAACGAAGCCCAACAGAUGGGCAUCGAGCUUCCAAAGGAGCUCCAGGCAGCAAUGGCCGCGCUGCGGAAAGAGGAGGAAAUUGUCAUUUUCUUCCGCACUUCCCGGGGUCUUGUGACGGGUGGCAAGGACGUCAGCAGUCGCAAAAAGGCAUACAAUGCCGCUCUUGGCGCCUGUGCAAAGGGUCGCGCUUGGGAAGAAGCGCUGCAUUUGGUGGGAAAGCUGGUGGCCAAGCACCUGGAGCCCGACAUCUUCACCUACAACACGCUCCUCAGCGCAUGCAGCGGCGGAGCUUCCUGGCUGUUUGCACUGUCCGUGCUCGCCGCUGGCGUCGCUUCCCACAUGGAGCCCAACAUGAUCACUUACAGUUCGACGAUCAGCGCCCUCAACCGUGCCGGUCAGUGGCAGAAGGCUCUGCAGCUGCUAGCGGAGUGCUCCGCUGCGCAAUGGCGGGCCGACGUGAUCUUGUACAGCUCUGCAGUGAGCUCCUGCGAAAAGGCCGGUGCCUGGACACAGGCACUUCGGCUUCUCCGCGACGCUGGGGAGCUCGGGUUGAGCACCGAUGUGGUUCUUUACAGUGCUGUGGUCAGUGCCACCCAAAGGGCCGGCGAAUGGCGCCAGGCCAUGUCUUUCUUGGAAGAGCUCGGCCACAAGGCGGUCCAAGCUAAUGUGAUCACCAUCAGUUCUGCGGUGAGUGCCUGCGAGAAGGGAGGACGAUGGGAAGAAGCUCUUCAUCUGUUGCAUGACAUGGCGAACAGCGAGCUGCAGCCUAACAUCGUAACAUACAACGCCGCCAUCAGUGCGUGCGAAAAGGCCGCCCAGUGGCAGCAAGCUCUGGCACUGCUUCAGGCGCUGUCAACGAAUCAGCUGAAUCCCACCGAGAUCACAUGCAAUGCACUCAUCAGCGCUUGCGAGAAGUCUGGGGAGUGGCAGCGUGCUUUGCUGCUCUUUGCUCAGCUUCGGCGAAGGCAUCUGCAGCCCACUGCUGUCAGCGUAAAUGCUGCCUGCAGUGCCUGUGAGAAACGGAGUAGCUGGCGACAGGCCCUCCGCUUGCUUCUCGAGGAGGAGGAGCAAGGAGUCGAGCUGGAUGUCAUCUCUUUCAGUGCAGUCAUUAGCGCUUUGGAGAAAGCCGCGGAGUGGGAGCAUGCGCUCCGACUCCUUCGCCGCCUCGGCACCUCAAGUUUGCUUCCCGAUGAUGUGGCCUACAGCUCUGCGAUCAGCGCUUGCGGGAAUGCUGGCCAGUGGUGUCAAGCGCUUGCUUUACUUGCUGAGAUGUCCGAGAAGAAGGUGGCAGCGAGCGUGAUCACUUACAAUGCUGUGCUCAGCGCAUGUGACACUGGUUCUCGGUGGCAGCACGCUUUCGAGGUUUUCCGACACCUGCACCGAAGAAGGAAAAGCCCCGACAUCAUUUCCUACAACGCCCUCCACAGCAGCUGUGCAGCAUCUUCACAUUGGCAGCUGGCGGCUUGGCUUCUGAUGGACGCCGCUGGGCAGCGCGUCGACGCGGACGCCAUUACCUUCGAGCUGGUCCUGCUGGCAGCUGAGGGCGGCGGAGCAACCAAGGAGAUGCCCAAGUUGCUGCCAUCCCUGGCCAGCGUGGGACUUGCAUGCUGUGAUGGAGCGCUCAACUUCGAAGACUCUAAUGCAGGAGCCUGA